AUGGGGGAGCCAGGGAACUGUCCCAGCUACUGGGCCAGGCUGGAGGGCAGUGACACUGAGUGGAUCAGUGAUCGGGGCAGCAGUCCCAGCUACUGGGCCAGGCUGGAGGGCAGUGACACUGAGUGGAUCAGUGAUCGGGGCAGCACUCCCAGCUACUGGACCAGGCUGGAUGGCAGUGACACUGAGUGGAUCAGUGAUAGGGGCAGCAGUCCCAGCUACUGGACCAGGCUAGAGGGCAGUGACACUGAGUGGAUCAGUGAUAGGGGCAGCAGUCCCAGCUACUGGACCAGGCUGGAUGGCAGUGACACUGAGUGGAUCAGUGAUAGGGGCAGCAGUCCCAGCUACUGGACCAGGCUGGAUGGCAGAGACACUGAGUGGAUCAGUGAUAGGGGCAGCAGUCCCAGCUACUGGGCCAGGCUGGAGGGCAGUGACACUGAGUGGAUCAGUGAUCGGGGCAGCACUCCCAGCUACUGGACCAGGCUAGAGGGCAGUGACACUGAGUGGAUCAGUGAUAGGGGCAGCAGUCCCAGCUACUGGGCCAGGCUGGAUGGCAGUGACACUGAGUGGAUCAGUGAUAGGGGCAGCAGUCCCAUCUACUGGGCCAGGCUGGAGGGCAGUGACACUGAGUGGAUCAGUGAUCGGGGCAGCAGUCCCAGCUACUGGACCAGGCUGGAUGGCAGUGACACUGAGUGGAACAGUGAUAGGGGCAGCAGUCCCAGCUACUGGACCAGGCUGGAUGGCAGUGACACUGAGUGGAUCAGUGAUCGGGGCAGCAGUCCCAGCUACUGGGCCAGGCUGGAUGGCAGUGACACUGAGUGGAUCAGUGAUAGGGGCAGCAGUCCCAGCUACUGGGCCAGGCUGGAGGGCAGUGACACUGAGUGGAUCAGUGAUCGGGGCAGCAGUCCCAGCUACUGCGCCAGGCUAGAGAGCAGUGACACUGAUUGGAUCAGUGAUAGGGGCAGCAGUCCCAGCUACUGGGCCAGGCUAGAGGGCAGUGACACUGAGUGGAUCAGUGAUCGGGGCAGCAGUCCCAGCUACUGGGCCAGGCUGGAGGGCAGUGACACUGAGUGGAUCAGUGAUCGGGGCAGCAGUCCCAGCUACUGGGCCAGGCUGGAGGGCAGUGACACUGAGUGGAUCAGUGAUAGGAGCAGCAGUCCCAGCUACUGGGCCAGGCUGGAGGGCAGUGACACUGAGUGGAUCAGUGAUCGGGGCAGCAGUCCCAGCUACUGGGCCAGGCUGGAGGGCAGUGACACUGAGUGGAUCAGUGAUAGGGGCAGCAGUUUUGGAGCACAUCUGCUGAGACAUCUCUCCGGCGGCUUCCGACGGUGGUUCGACCUUCGCCAGAAAGCGUCGACGUAG